GAACGAGAAGAGGAAAAUUUGGCUGCUGCGAGGUUGCAAGCUGUAGUGACAUCAAAAAGACAUUUAACAGACAAACUACAACAUAAUGGUGCGAGUCAAGCCAAGUCAGUUGGUGUCUUUGUUGUUGCUGUUGGUGGAUGUCUGCUGUUGCCAGUCAUGUCCUAAGCUGUGUUUAUGCAACACCACUGUGGUGCGAUGUUGUGGUGCUGGUUUACGAGAAAUCCCAGAAAAUAUAGAAAACUCGGUGACGAUAUUAGACUUGUCGGAGAAUCCCAAUCUGAUUAUACAGAAGCUCUCAUUUAUAAGGUUCAAUGCGCUGCAGAAGCUAUACUUGAAUAACUGUUCUAUAACGUCACCCUUUUUGCUACCUCGGUCCUUGACAGCCCUUCACUUGGAGCGGAAUAAAUUGACUAUGAACUUGAUAAAACAAAUUUUAUACAACCCUCCUGAAUCACUACUUGCACUCAACCUUAAAGGGAACAGCAUAGAUUUCCAAAAUGGUCUGGACGCCAUUCCUAAAAACCUAGCGGAUCUGGAUCUCUCUCAGAAUGUGAUUCCUAUGAUAACACCGGGUUAUUUUCGCGGUUUCUCAAACCUUCAAAGAAUGUCUUUAAGAAGUUCUAAAAUAAAACGAAUAUUGCCUCAUGCAUUAGAUUCCUUGCGUAAUCUUGUAGAUCUUGAGCUGCAGAACAAUGAGUUAAAAUGUCUCCCCCCUUUGCUUUUCGGAACGAUUCGCAAACUGAGGCGUAUAAAACUGAACCAAAAUAAGCUGUCCGGAAUCCCAGAUUUUCGUGGUGUCCUGAUGCUAAAAGAACUGGACCUGUCAGAGAAUCGUAUUCAAAAUGUUACUUCGAAAUCGUUUGGAAUAAAGUGGACAAUACUUCUUAUCUUGGGAGGGAACCAGAUAGAGAAUUUCGAGUUGAAUGGAAUGAAAUACGUCAAACUUGACUUGUCUCAUAACAAAAUAACCGAGCUGAAAGCUGAUUCUUUUAGCCACCUGAAAGACGUCACCCAGAUCCUGCUGCAUAACAACCAAAUAAGGGAAAUUUCUCCUUUUGCAUUUAGAGGAAUGAGGUGGAUUCUUGAGCUCUUUUUGCAGAAGAACAAGCUACAAAGGAUUCAAAGAGGUACUUUCCGCGGAAUGAGUAUAAACAAACUUAUUUUGUAUGGUAACGAUCUUGUGACUAUUAACGGGGUUUUCGAUGAUAUGAGAGUGCCACCGAAACUGGUUCUUCUAUUUGGCAAUCCUAAGUUAACGAAUCUUAAAGGGUCAAGCUACAAAAGUCUGACCAACCGAUCUGUAGUAUGUAUUAAUUGCAAGAACCUGAAGGUCAUGACUGAGACGUAUCUAAUUCGCUCUCAAAUAAAGUGCAUGCCAACUGAGGACUUGAACAUUGAUACCCCUAGCACUGUCCUUGGCGAUGAUGGCUUCAAUUGUAGAUACAGCGCAAAGGUGCGACAGUACCAAUGCUAUCCUUGUCCAGUAGGGUACUAUGGGUACUGCGAGAAAGAUACAUCACCGUGCACUGGCUCCUGUAAGGCUUGCCCGCCCGGCUCUUUUUUCCAAGACGAGCUUGCAAAGAAAGAAUGCAAAGAGUGUCCGGUAGGUCAGUUUGUGCCACCAGAGCGGGCCCCUGGCAAGACUCCAUUGGACUGCUUCACUUGCCCUAAAGGGACAAAUACCAACAGUUCUGCAGGGUUCCGCGCUUGUCCUUGUUUAAAGGGCUACUCAAGGACCUACCGUUUUGGGGAAUGUAAAAGGUGCUCUACUGUUGGAUUUAACUGCAUGCGGGAUUACCCGCAGCUGAAGCCAGGUUACUGGAUAACAUGGCUUAAAAAUAAAACUUGCAAAAAAUUCUACAAAGAAUUCAUGCAGAACCUGGAAAUAAAGAAUGAUGGAUACGACAGAAAGACUAUGAAAUUGUUAUGCGACAUGCCGAUGCCACAUAAAUGUCCUAUACCAGGCUCGUGUUUAGGAGGUGUUGAUGCUAAUUGUUCUGCGGGAUACACGGGGGUUUUAUGCGCAGUGUGCGCGAAAGGUUACAGUCGCCAGUUUGACAGGUGCAUCAAAUGCCCCGGACCAGGAGUGGCUGUGCUGCAGUUUAUGGGGUAUGCUGCGUUUUUUAUAGCUAUUUGCUUCUUAAUAUCGUGGGCUGACAAAAUAACUCUGAAUUCAACGGAAAAGAGAGAGGCACGCCGAAAGACAAAAAAACAAGCUAAAAAAGAAAGGACAUUUGCUGAUAUCAUCUUAUCUACUCUGAAGAUUUUGCUUGGUUUCUAUCAAGUUCUUGACGGAAUAAUCCAUGCAUCAGCCUGGGUUAACUGGCCAAAACCACUGAAGAAGGCAGUCCAUGUUUUUGAAUACCUACAGUUUAAUGUUAUCCAUCUUCCUUCGUUGAGCUGCAUUAAGCCAGGACUUGGAAUGAGCGCCAUCACAGAGUUCUGGUUCGCUAUUACUGCAACUGCCGCAUUCCCAAUCGCUGCUAUCGUUUACUUUGCCGUGAAGACGCUUUUUAUCGAGAUGCGGUCAAGUCAAGAAAGUCGCGAGGAAAGACGAAAGAAAUGCUGGAGAAACUGUCUCCGCGCUAUAGCUCUGUUUAUGUUUGCAACCUACCCUUUGACGUCAAAGAAAAUCGUACAGAUUUUGCCGCUGAGUUGCCACACGUUUUGCGUAGCGGGAGAAAGUGAAGGGCGGUCAAGGAAAUGCAUUAAAACCGUAUCAUACCUCCGCGGCGAUUACAGCGUAAAAUGCCCAAGUGUAUCAUCAUACCAUCAGAUCGCUUUAAUUGCGGCCUAUACUGCUCUUAUUAUCCCGCUAGGGUUUCCGGUGUUACUUCUUGUUCUGUUAUGGAGAUUUGCAAGGCCUAGCAUUCUCAAACCAAGGCAGACAGAAGCUGAUCCUGCCGCGAUAAAUGAGUCGUGCGCUGGAGAUACAGGCGAUUUUAAAUACUUUCCAUUAUUUUCGGUGAAGUGUACAUCCGAAGACGGUGCGAUACAGUCCGCUUUGAAGUUCGCAUACGAAAAUUACAACCGCUCGUGUUGGUACUGGGAAGUGAUUGAAAUGGUGCGAAAGUUGAUAAUGACUGUUGGUGUAACCCUCUUUCUUCAGCACACGAAAGUGGGCCUAGGUGGCAUAAUCAUCAUCGCAAUAUUGUUCACAACAUUGCAGGCAAUCAAAAACCCAAUAAAAGACCCAUUCGAGAAUUUCUUGCAGCUUCUGUCCCUCUCAAUAGUUCCAAUCAACGUGUCAGUUGGGACAGUGUUACAAUCAAAGCAGGUGGGUGACAAUGAGAUUAUCGAUUCACGCAAAGACUCAUGGGCCUUGGGUAUGACGUUGGUUGUUUUGAAUUCGCUGCUCGUUAUCCUUGUCAUCGGUCGUUUCUGCAGAGCCAUUGUUAAGAAAGUUUGCAGUUCGAAAAGGAAAGAAAAUCUUCUCGGUGAGAUGAAAUAAGCUGCU